AAAAAAAUCAGGCUAGUAAACGUAAAGUUGUUCAUUCAAUAAUCGUGUUUUGGUUCCAACUAUGUGCCAAAUCCAUUCUCAGGAUGGAGACAAAAGUGAAGAAUACUCCACCCCAUCCCCUCCUUCACUAUAACUUCAUUCUGACUCAAUGAACUGCACCAGAUCAUUUUAUAGGAUGAACUGGCAAUGCCAUUACCCAUAUGCUGGACCAGCAAACAGGGGCUGUGUCUACCUUCGCAGCUAAAGUCAGGAUGCCUCAGAAGCAGAGAUGGCAGAAAUUUUUAGCCACAAUUUAAGUCAGAGCAAAUCAAGCUGUAUCAAAGGACCAUUUUGUUGCCAGUGAAAAUAAGAAACUCUUUAUUUCAAAAGAUUAGCCAGAUAUGGAAAUUGCUAAGCAUCCAAAACAUUAUGCAACUUAUUCUGUCUUUUCCCCGUUAAUACACAUGAUGGAGUCAUUCUCGUUCCAUUUGUUCCUGCAUUUAAAACACACAAUGGUGUGUGUAUUUUUAAACUGCAAUUCAGAGCAAAAUAUUUUAAUUUUCUGACUAACUGCUUUUAAACUUUUAUUUGUACCACUAAACAUAAACAUCAUGUACCCAGGCAUGUUGUUUGUACUCAGGGUCAUCAACAGAUGUGGAGCUCAGCAUGGAAAAGAUGUCAGUUACAAUUGAACCCAGUCCCCUGUUGCAGGAAUUGAGGUACCCAAGUGGAGUUGCUGUUACUAUUAGAAUUAGCAUCAUUGAAUCUGUGUUUGUGUGACACAGAUGAAAAAUUUGAUAAAAACUAAAUUUUAACUCAAAAUAUUUUAAAAUAUGGUUUACAUUUGUCACCUUGAGUUAAUCACCAUGUUCCAGUGCUGGAGGGGAAAAUGUAAGUGGUGACAAUGGUUCUGGCCGCUUCAAGUUAGUUUCAGUUGUCAGGGGAUCAGUCAACGUACUCUGUCUUAAAGAAUGAUAAUUCAGGGGAGACACAGCGGCUCAUGCCUGUAAUUCCAUCACUCUGGGAGGAUCGCUUGAUUUCAGGAGUUCAAGGCCACAAUGAGCUGUGAUUGCGCCACUGCACACCAGUCUGAGUGACAGAGCAAAACUUUGUCUCUAAAAUAAUAAUAACAAUAAAAUGAUAAUAAAUAAAAAUAUAUGCUUUAGUUAAAUGAUGCUAUUGAUGUUGAUCACCUCUCUCACUUCUGGAAACAAGUUCUUAUGGGUUAUCUGUUAUUAAGUAGAAUAAUCAUUUAUUUUCAGAAGAUUCAUAGCACUUAAGGAACACUUCCUCCCUGAGCAAUUCCCUAUAGGUGAUGAAAAAUAAUGUCAUAAAUAAUAACCAGGAAAAUUCUGCUCAUUGGUUCCAAAUUUGGGAACCAGUGUAUAAAAGGUCCAGAUAUUAGAAGGGGUCAUCAGAUUCUUGGAAACUCACCUCUGAACAGGAGCCCACCCUCCAUCCCUGACACCAUGACCCACUGCUGUUCCUCUUGCUGUCAGCCUGUGUGCUGCAGGACCACCUGCUGGAAGCCCACCUGUGUGACCACCUGCAGCAGCACACCCUGCUGCCAGCCCUCCUGCUGUGUGUCCAGCUGCUGCCAGCCUUGCUGCCGCCCAACUUGCUGUCAAAACACCUGCUGCCAGCCCACCUGUGUGACCAGCUGCUGCCAGCCUUCCUGCUGCAGCACACCCUGCUGCCAGCCCUCUUGCUGUGGGUCCAGCUGCUGUCAGCCUAUUUAUGGAUCCAGUUGCUGUCAGCCUUGCUGCCACCCGACUUGCUAUCAAACUACCUGUUGCAGGACCACCUGCUGCAGGAACACCUCUUGCCAGCCCACCUGCUGUGGGUCCAGCUGCUGCCAGCCUUGCUGCCGCCCAACAUGCUGUCAAACCACUUGUAGAACCACCUGCUGCCAGCCCACCUGCUGCCAACCAUCCUGUGUGACCAGCUGCUUCAGCACACCCUGUUGCCAGCCAGCCUGCGGUGGGUCCAGCUGCUGUAGCCAAACUUGCAACGAGUCCAGCUGUUGUCUGCCUUGCUGCCGUCCCACCUGCUGCCAGACCACCUGCUACAGGACCACCUGUUGUCGCCCCAGCUGUUGCUGCAGUCCUUGCUGUGUCUCCAGCUGCUACCAGCCUUCCUGCUGCUGAUCCACUUGCUGCAGACCCACCACCCACCAGAGACAUAUUUCCUGAAACAUUCUGUCAAAAUUCCUAUGUCCCCAAGAAACAUUCCCUAAGCUUUUCUGAGAAACAACAUUCUGACACUGAACUAAUGCAUGAGGGGCUUAAAACCUAGAUAAUGGGUUGAUAGGUGCAGCAAACCACCAUGGCACAUGUAUACCAAUGUAACAAACAUGCACAUUCUGCACAUGUAUCCCAGAACUUAGAGUAAAAUAAAAUAUAAAAAUAAACAAAAAUUUUAAAAGUGUUCUAGUCCAUGAAAAGAGCUUUACAUCUCUGGAUUCCGAUCCACCACUGAAGAAUCUGUCACCAACAACUAGUGUGAGCACCAUGGG